AUGUACAGCGGCUCCAGCGACGGCGAAACCCAUGACGCCGCUCAUCGGAAAAUUCCUCCGGCGUCUUCCAUGUUAUGGGUCCGCAAUCUUCGCCGUUUCAUCGGAUCCGGCGCCGGUCUCGGAUCCGAAGCCUUGAUGGGUCAGUAUUCGCUCCAUUUCGUCGCCAUGAAACCUGAAGAUGGAUCAAUCAGUCAUAGAGUCCAGAGAUUGGCAAAGUACCGGUUUCUGAGGAAACAAUCGGACCUUUUGUUGAAUGCUGAUGAUUUGGAUGCAAUGUGGGUGUGCUUAAGAGAGAACUGUGUGAUUGAUGAUGCUACUGGUGCAGAAAAGAUGAAUUAUGAAGACUUUUGCCACAUUGCUUCUGUAUGUACAGAACAAAUAGGUCCUAAAUGCCGACGUUUCUUCAGUCCUUCAAACUUUAUGAAGUUUGAGAAAGAUGAGCAGGGAAGAAUUGCCAUUCUACCCUUUUACCUUUAUGUGAUGCGAACGGUAGGUCAUCUGCCAAUGUUUACAGUUUCAGUGGCAUUGCUGUUUAAUCCUUCCGACCACUUCAGCAUAUAUGCAGCUGUUUCACUUACACAGGCAAGAAUUGAUAUGAGUGAGCUUGAUGAGGAUUCUGAUGGUUUUCUUCAGCCACAUGAAAUGGAGGCCUAUAUACGAGGCCUGAUACCCAACUUGGCACAGUUACGGGACAUGCCAGCUGCCUUUGUUCAGAUGUAUUGUCGCAUUGCUGCACACAAAUUCUUCUUCUUUUGUGAUCCUCAUAGACGAGGAAAAGCUUGCAUCAAGAAAGUGUUGCUUAGUAAUUGUCUCCAGGAACUCAUGGAGCUUCACCAGGAAAGUGAAGAAGAAGUCACAGACACAGAGCAAGCCGAAAACUGGUUCUCUUUGACUUCUGCUCAACGCAUAUGUGACAUGUUUCUUGCUCUUGAUAAAGAUACAAAUGGUACAUUAAGCAAGCAGGAGCUGCGAGAAUAUGCAGAUGGGACUCUGACUGAUAUUUUUAUUGAGAGAGUAUAUGAUGAACAUAUUCGUCACGGAAAGAGUGGUGGUGGGAAUGCUCGAGAGAUGGAUUUUGAGAGUUUUCUGGACUUCGUUCUGGCUUUGGAAAACAAAGACACCCCAGAAGGCUUGACAUACUUGUUUCGAUGCCUUGAUCUUCAAGGGAGGGGUUACCUCACUACAGCUGAUAUUCACUCCCUCUUCAGAGAUGUACACCAUAAAUGGAUUGAGGGUGGCAACUAUGAACUUUGUAUUGAAGAUGUAAGGGAUGAAAUCUGGGAUAUGGUUAAGCCAGCCGAUCCACUCAAGAUAACAUUGGCAGACCUACUGUCCUGCAAACAGGGUGGAACUGUAGCCAGCAUGCUAAUAGAUGUGCGUGGUUUCUGGGCUCAUGACAAUAGAGAAAAUCUUCUCCAGGAGGAAGAAGAACCUGAAGAAGAAUAG